UUAAUAUUUUUUGUUCAAUAAAUAGUUUAAAUGCUAGUUCACAAACAGCCAACUGUGAUGGUGUCGGUUGGAUUGCAUACAAACAGGAAUCGUGUAUACGAUUCAUGUUCUACGCGACACAGUAUGUCUACGCUCAGGCCGCUUGUCGGCAACUGGAUCCCAGUGCUCAGUUGGUGACGGUUGACUCCGAUGAUAAAUACCAGUUUGUUGAACAAAGGCGCCGUCAGUUGAUGCCCUGGUCCCGGGACUAUCCAUACAAAUCGCAUAUUAGCGACUAUAACUAUCGGCAAACUGUUGGUGGUGAUGGUGGGGGAGUAUCGGCAAUACCCCACCGAUUUUCGAUGAUCGAUGCUGGUUUAUCGGGACUACCCGAAAGUGUAUGGAAACCAAUAAAGCCACCAACCAAGUGGGAAGACCAUAGUUUAUGGAUCGGUGCCAAUAGACAGGUGACAAGUAAAUUUCAAUGGCAGGACGGCACCCGGCUAAAUUAUACACAUUGGGCACCGGGCGAACCCAAUUCGGACGGUUUUUGUGUACAAUUGGGCUAUAAAACUGGCCAGGGUGAAUGGUACGAUUAUAAUUGUUGGUCAAAGUUCAAGUUUAUUUGCGAAAAACCACAAAACAAAACACCAAUCGAUAAUUUGGUUAACAAUUUGGCCAGAUUGAAAUUGGAUCUGGAUACUAUGAAAAAUGAUCUAGCUAAUCAGCAAUUGCUGAUAAAUGAUUUGCUAAUGUAUAGGAUGGCUGGACAGGGAUUGGGUGCAAAACUACAACGAUCUACCGAUUCUCGGAAAAAAUUGCCGGCCGCUGAUUGUAUACAAGUGCACAGUGUUGACCAAUUGGCCGCCGCCCGUGAACUAUGGCCCGAUGUUCGGGUUUGUCCAGAUUUAAAUGUUUUAAGUGGUGCCAGAUCAAUUUAUUAUAAUGUCAAAUUGUUGAUAAUGUUGAUGAUGAUAACUGUACCGGUUUAUUUAUAUAUUUAAUACUAAAUUAUUAAUGUUUACCACCAGGGUUAUAUACCAAAAAAAAAAUUAAAUAAAAUUUUAGUUAUUAAAAAUCA